GUUCAAUUAGAAUCUGGCAGAGGCGCUGCAGUCAAAGUGGAGUGGCAGUGCAUGUUCAGUUCAGUAGAAAAUCAUAAAAUUUCUUACUAAAAUAGCAUUUUUUAGAAAAUAUUAGUGUAUAAUUGUUUAGUUAAGAUGUUCAAGAAAUUUGAUGAGAAGGAGAGUGUAUCUGGAACACUCCAGCUCAAGUCAUCUGUACAGAAGGGUAUUCGUGUGAAGCUCCUUGAGCAAUUUCCCAACCUGGAACCCUUCAUGGAGCACAUUCUACCGAAGAAGGAUGGCUUCAAAAUAGUCAAAUGCCAUGAUCAUAUAGAAAUUAUUGUGAAUACGGCUGGAGAUCAGUUAUUCUUCCGGCAGCGUGAGGGAGCGUGGAUGCCAACACUCAGGCUUUUCCACAAAUAUCCAGUUUUUCUGCCCAAAGAACAGGUGGACAAGGGGGCGAUUAGGUUUGUUCUCAGUGGUGCAAAUAUCAUGUGCCCAGGACUGACGUCACCUGGGGCGAGAAUGAUGCCCGUGGACAAAGGCACGGUGGUGGCUAUUAUGGCUGAGGGAAAGCAACAUGCCCUGGCCAUUGGGGUUACAACACUCUCCACAGAAGACAUCUCAAAGAUCAACAAAGGAAUCGGUGUGGAAAACUGCCACUACCUCAAUGAUGGCCUGUGGCAGAUGAAGCCCAUCAAGUAGAUCUCCUUCUGGCUGUUUAUGUGGUUUUUAAGUGAUCACUACCCUAUACCCCCCAUCAUCAAUAUGUAACUCCUAUUUGUAUUGAAAUUGCGGGAAUUAUAUGUAACAGAGUCGGAUCAA